GGAGGACUAGUUUUCUAUUUCAAGAUUACGCUGAGCAUGAAAACUCAACUCAAGCACACUUGCUUAGAAUGUGAUCAACAGAGCAGCGCUGAGUUGUGGUGAGAGGCUGAAGCAAAUUCAUCAAGAUAUUACAACAAUGGAUACUGUGACAGAGGAUUUUGCACGGUCAGAUGUUGACGCUGAGAUGACAGUGUUGACACCUGAAGAUAUUACUGAGCAAAACAUUGAUGCCGGUGAUGAAGUUGAGAACCUUCGAAACAGUUUACGUGAGGUUGUCCACGAUGAUAAUGUCCAACCUAAAAUGCAGUGCCUGAUGAUGGACUCCUCCUUCUCCAUGGUAACUAUGCAAGGCGAGGACAGUGGGAUUGCUUGGGAGACGACCCCCAGUCGCUGCACCACACCAUGGGCAUCUGAAGCUGGAAACUCAACAGUGGAUCUGAGCUCUCCGGUUGCAGCAUGGCCUGCAAAACCUGGGUCUGUUCCAGCUGGAAAGAUAAUCUUUGUCAUGGAUGAGGAGCUGAUUUCAAGACGGAAUAAACCUAAAGAGAGGGUAAGCAGUCAGAGGAGACAACGGGAAGUCCUUCUAGAAAGCUCUGAGAACAUCUCAGGAAGGCCAGAAUUAGUUGGGGUCUCUGAGCCAAAUGUGAAAACUGAAGGAGAAGGAGAUGAAGAGGAACCAACAGAUCCUCUGGUAGAUAAAGAACAACAGCUUUUCAGCUUAGUGUCUGAAGGCUCUGAAAUCCUCAAUAUUGUUGUUCCUCCUAAACUGGCUACUGUGGAUGAAGAGGAGAGCAAAGAAAUGGUGGACAACUUAUCUUAUCUGGAAGAGAGCCCUGUUUCAAAAGCACAUGAGGCAGCCCAUGAUAACGAGCUGCUAAUCUCAACAAAUGCUCCAAUGGUGUCAGGUGCAGCAAGAGGUGAACAGAUGAGGCCAUCAUUUCCCAUGGUUUCACAUGUAAUGGAUCCACCAGGGGCUCCAGUGGCCAGGCCUCCAGUCAGAAGAGCUGCUGGAAAUGUGGACUACUUUGAGGCAUUCACCCUAAUUGAUGCCCAGGCUCCAGGAGGUCCUGCUGUAAUCACACAAGAACAAAUGGUACCAGAGGCUGAGGAUACAGCUAAUAGCCAGGAUACUGAGCAACCAGUGCAGUCUCAAAGCACCACCACCACAACAACUGUGGAUAAUGACAGGUCAGACACAGUCAGUCUAGAGGAAAUCACCAGCGACCUUCUAGAUGAAGUCUUCUAUGGUGCUACAGAAAACUACGAGAUGAAAAGUCUAGACAGGGUUGGAGGUGGAGUGGCUGAAGGUGCACCAUCGAGGCUCCCUUCAAAACCAAGCUGGUUCGGCUCUAUUUGGAAGCCAAGAGGACAUCCUGACUCCAAUCUUUCUACCUGACGGACCUCCCAAAAUUAUUGACCCCAUUUUGCUGGAGGAGCCCAAAGCCAUGGCCUUCCUUUACACUGACCUGUAUGAGGAAGCAUUUGGGAGUCGACAAAAAGAAGAGGAUACAGAAAGCAUAUCAUCUGAGAAGUCCUUCCACAGCAGACAUUCAGACCGGGAAGCCAGGGGAUAUUUAGAGAAAUAUGCCCUGAUAGAUGAGACUCCUGUGGUGGAAGUGGAAUCAAGUGAUACAGAAAAAGGCCCAGAGGAAGGUCCUCGGACAUUGACUCAAGAUUUAUAUGAUUUUGAUUUUCUGUCCAAGCCUGGAAAAGGCGAAAUGCCAACCUCAGAGGAGGAUAUCACAGACUUCUUCAGGUCCAGCGCCAAUUCAUCUCCAUGUGAUGUGGAGCCUUUCCCUCAAUCACUUGAGGAGGAUGACACACCACAAGUUGCAAAGAGCAAAGCCAAGACAAACAAAAGUGUCUCAAUAACAGCAGAAAAAGUCACUGAAACCCCAGUAGAUCAACUUAGCAUCUCAAGCUUCGAGUUUCCUCCAGACGAGUUAGAUUGGGGAAGUACAGAUGAUCAUUUAACAACCCUGGAUGACAAAGUUAUCAGCACACAUUCAGAUCAGAAAUUGUGGAGACAAGAUUUAAAAAUACCAAAGCCAGUUGCUCCUCCCAGGAAAAAGGCAACAUGCCUGGAUCUAACACCUCUGACUCCAGUUGAAGUAA